GGUCGAAUCUUUUCUCUCAGGUAGGCAUACUUUCCAAAAAUUGUGAAUUUUACUCUGGUGUGAAAUUUUUGCAUGGGUCCUAUGUAAACAGUCUCUAAGUGCGGAAAACUUUGUGGUAAUAAAGAUGGUCUUAAAAUUAUGGGUAAGAGUUACGUCUUUUUAGACAUUUUUAUGGAAUUUUGGCUUUAUACAUUUGGAGGGAAUUUGUAGAUUUGUGCAGUCCUGGCUUUUUCCACUAUUUUGAAGACUGCUGGGCCUAUAGAUUUUGAUCAUAUGUUGUCUGGCUGACAGAUAUAGACACUGCAUUAAAUCAUAGGGUCAAAACUUUGAAUUGUGCCAUGGUAGAAAUUAUGGAGGAAAGUUUUAAAAAUUAUGUCCAAACAACGUUAUUUAUGGCAACAUGAGUGUGGACUCCCUGACCUAAAUUAGCAAAUAACAAAAUUAAAAUAUUCUAUUAUGUAUUCCACCAACAAUUCCAGAACUUAACCGAGGAAGAACAACUGACAAAAUGAGAGUCUUUUUCAAUUACAGCUUUUGGGAACUUUAUGCUAACAAACAUUCAACAAAGUUGGUUCCAUUAUUUUAGCCUUUUUUUCUAAAAUAUAAUGUAUUAUGAUAGCAUCAUCUUGGAGUAAAGGACGUUAACCAAAACUUUUGUUUUCUGUUUGUCCUUCAUUAUGCUAACAAUUGUGUGCCAAGUUUUGUGGCAAUACCAUGUCUCUGUCACUUUCAAAGCUAAAAAAGGCACCCCUACCCUCAAAAAAUGUAAUCAACUUAAUUUGGGUUUUAUUGUAACAUUUAAGGUUUCUUUGUAAAAAUGAUUGUGUUUUUAUAUGUAUAUUUUAGAAAGCAAACAUGAGUAAUUAUGAUGUCAUUGCAAAUCAACCUGUUGUUAUCGACAAUGGUUCUGGAGUAAUUAAAGCUGGUUUUGCUGGUGACCAAAUUCCCAAAUGCCAUUUUUCAUCAUUUAUAGGUCGACCAAAACAUGUUCGAGUUAUGGCAGGUGCCUUGGAGGGAGACCUUUUCAUUGGUCCAAAAGCUGAAGAGUAUCGUGGUCUCCUUAACAUCAAGUAUCCCAUGGAGCAUGGUGUUGUUCAAGACUGGAAUGAUAUGGAAAGAAUUUGGCAAUACAUUUAUUCAAAAGAGCAACUAUCUACCUUCUCAGAAGAGCAUCCUGUUUUGUUGACAGAGGCUCCUUUAAAUCCGAGAAGAAAUAGAGAAAAGGCAGCUGAAAUUUUUUUUGAAACCUUUAAUGUGCCUGCGUUAUUUGUUUCUAUGCAAGCUGUUCUUAGUUUGUAUGCCACCGGUCGAACAACAGGUGUUGUUUUAGAUUGUGGAGAUGGUGUUACUCACUCUGUUCCCAUUUUCGAAGGCUUUGCAUUGCCACAUUCUAUUAUGCGAACUGACCUAGCAGGUAGAGAUGUCACAAGAUAUCUAAAGUUAUUACUUAAACGUGAAGGUGCCACAUUCAAAACGACAGCAGAGCAAGAAAUCGUGAAACUAAUCAAAGAGCAGGUGUGUUAUUUGGCCUUGAAUCCACAGAAAGAAGAGGGAUUGGACAGUGAAAAAACGCGAUACGUUUUACCAGAUGGAAAUGUUCUCGAUAUUGGAGCUGCAAAAUUCCGAGCACCUGAGCUGCUGUUUAGGCCAGAACUUUUGGGUGAAGAAUUUGAAGGCUUGCAUGAAGUAUUAGCAUUUGCUAUACAAAAAUCAGAUAUAGACCUUAGAAAAUCGUUAUACCAGAAUAUUGUGUUGUCUGGUGGUUCAACUUUAUUUAAAGGAUUUGGUGACCGCCUUUUAAGCGAAGUUAAAAAGGUAGCUCCCAAGGAUAUAAAAAUUAGGAUCUCAGCCCCACAAGAAAGAUUGUAUUCGACAUGGAUUGGUGGAUCUAUAUUGGCAUCGUUGGACACAUUUAAAAAGAUGUGGGUAUCUAAAAAGGAAUAUGAUGACGAAGGUUCAAGGGCGAUCACUAGAAAAACAUUCUAGGAUUAUUACAUAAACAUCUAAUAUUAUUAAUGGAAAACAUAAUAGCUAUUGAUAUUUAGAGGAGAGCAUAUAUAGAAAACCAAACAACUACAGUUAUGUAAUCUUUGACAAUAACUAUUUGAACCUAACUUGCAUUGUUGCUUAUAUUAUACUUCAAUACUUUAAUCGGAGAAAAAACUAUAAGAAAAGUUUCUACGAGGUUAAAAACGAAAUUAAUUUUUACUAAUCGAUAUUUUUAAAAAUUGCAAACAGAUUUUGCAACGGAAUAAUUUCGUAAAUUGACAGUCUUUAAAAUUUAACAAAUGCAAAACUGACAAAAGGUUCUCCUUAUUGUCUUCUCCAAGUAAUUUAUUGGCUUUAUCAGUUUUUUUUAUAGUUCCAUUUUUGGUUAUGGGAGGUUGUGCUUUCUUCUGUAUCAAAUUUAAAAUUCUUAUCGAAAUUUGCCAUAAUUGACUAAUAUUAAACCUGUUUUGUUUUUGUUUUUCUCUCGCCAGUGACAGCAUAUCAGCAUUGUAAUAAAGUUAUUAAACAUUCGCUUUACUCCCUUGACAUUUCCAAUAAUUUAAUUUUUACCAUUGAUCAAAAUGUCUUGUUUUAGAAGCUUAAAAAUUGUUUUUGCUUGCUUUUUUUAGUAAAAUUUACCAACUUUUCUGUAUUUCAAACUUUUUUAUUUAUUUUGGAAUUUAAAAAAGUAAAAUGUUUGGGAUGUAGUUGGUUGAAAUUUCUCCUCAAAUAUUCGAUUUCUUCUCCAUCUUUCUAACCUGCAACAUUUUGUAUUAGCAAGUGAUUAUCAUUGAUUUGAAACUGUAUCUUUGAUUUGAUUGGACAAUAAAAGUCAAAACAAAUAGUUUUAAAACCUCUCAGUAACCACUAUUUUUCCAAUGUUGACUUGAAUCUAUAUAAUAAGCACUGGAGUCUUUCGUUUAGAACUUACUAAAUUCAAAGUUACGUGGAUCAGUGCAAUAUAUUUCACGCUUAUUAACUCCCACCCAAUUUGCUAUUGGACAAUUGUACUGGUAUUAUUUUUUUUUAGUUUUUGAUUGACCAGGGUUAUUUCUGUGAUGUGUGUAUUACAAUUUACUGCUUAUUUAUUUUAUCUGAAUUAUCAAGCCAAUUUUAUUAUUGUGUUUUUCUUACCCAUGUACACAUAUUCCUUUUGUUGAAAGUUUAAAUUACAAAACGAUAACUGUUUCCUAAGAAAUUCGCUCUGUUCUGUGUCCUAUGAUACUUUAAAGUUUUUAACUAGCAACUUAAUGUCCGUGCAUUUCCUUUUUUAGGCUGAUAAAAACUAAUCUGUCGAAGAGAGCUCGGAAAGAAAAGUCCUACAAACUUUUAUAAUACUUCGCAAUGAAGCUGGGCUUGGACCCAAAACCAGGACAGGUGGUGAAAGACCCGUGGGAACGCUUCGAAGCGUGGAGAAAGCAUCCAGAAUUGAGACCAAAAAGAGCUAUGUUAAGAAUGUUUCCUGGCUUUACUUGGGGCGUUGGUGCAUUUCUUGUGGCUAUCGCGAUGGAAAAAUUAUUUUUUGACGAUGAUAAGAAAGCCGGAAGUCAUCACUGAACAGACAAAUUAUUGAGAGAAACUGGACGUUGUAUAUUACUUCUGUAGAUGAAAUUAAAAAAUUGUUAUCUAA